AUGAGUGAAUAUAACAUUGAAGAACCGUUAACAUCCACGGCAAGACCGCUAAAUGACUCUGUUCUAACUGUACGGAUCAUCAAAUCUUUUCCUUACCGGAACAUCCGAAACCACGUUUUCCAACAUGUCGAUCUCACGAGCACCACACCAAGACAACUCCUGGAACUCGUUAAAAGAACAAUUGCAACUGAAGGCUCUCUCAGGCCAUACCGUAACGUUGAUCUGGACACUUUGAAGGUGUAUACCCAUGCACAUGGCACCAAAACUAUGAAUCUUGUCAUCAAUACGGAUCAUGACGACGAUCCAAAUUGGGUAUUAGACCUCUCAGAAAACGGGCGUCCUCUAGCUGAGUACGGUGUUUCUAACGAGACGGAGCUUUCUGUGUUCAACCUGGCGGACUAUGAGGCAUACAAGGCUAAUCCAGAAGACAAGUGGUGA